AACACGCCGCUCUGUCCUGAGAAGUACACAAGUGGUCCCACACCUCUGUGUGCUGACAGUUAAAGGCUCACAUAAACGGCAUUUCCACAGAGAGGCUCCACAACAGUUACUGCUCCUCAUUCAUUCUUCAACUCAUCAAAGAGAGAGAGAGUAUUAGCAACGGGAGAGCAGCUGGGAGGCUGCCGUUAAGGGCUCAGCCAUGCUUGGAGGCAUCCACACAGAUUUGUUGGUCACAGUGACUCUACUCUUUGUAACUCUCACAGGGACUCAGUGCAGGGCUGAAAAUGACUUUUCAUUAGUUACUUUACCAGACUGGAGGCCAAAUUCAGAAUAUGUCACACAGUGUUUCUAUGACGGACACAACAAUCUGAUUUGUGACUGGACCCAACAAAGAACAGAGGAUGAUGUAGAGACUAUUUUAGAGAGUGGUCCACUGGGGCCGGAGGGCGAGGCCUGUCUAGAGUUUUGGUACUUAGCCCCGGUUGCAGCUAACGGGUCAGAACUUGGCGUUCUGCUGAAUAGCAGCGUCGGUCUGACAGAAAUCUGGACCGUACCUGCCCUCCCCAGCAAUGCCUGGAGACAAGUGUUUGUCCCCUUGAACAUCAUCGAACCAGGGACUCAGGUUGUAGUCAAAGCCGUAUCCAUGGAUGGACAGUUUAACCAGAUAGGUGUACGGAGAGGCUCAUGUGGAGCCCAGUGUGAAUCUGACACAGAGUUCUGGACAGAUGAGUCCACCCGCUGCUUCUGUUCUGGUGGCCAGCUCUCCUGCUCGCCCGCUCAGUGCCCUGAGGGCCAAAUCUGCGGCCCUCAAACAGGAAACUCCAGUGGGACUUCCGCCUCCGGGAUGUGCACUAUACACAGUCACACAGACUGCAGCACUUUUGACGGAGUGCUGUUCCGCUUCAUGGCCCCCUGCACCUACACGCUGGCUAAGACCUGCUCGCCCUCCGAGGCCCUGCCCAUGUUCAGUGUGGAAGUGGUCAAUGAGCAGAACUGGAACUCAUCGCUGCCAACUGUUAAGCAGGUCAAUGUGAACGUGGGGAACUUCAGACUGUCGCUGUUGAAAAGGCAGACACACCGGGUUGUGGUUAAUGGGGUCUGGAAGAAGCUUCCGUUGAGACUCGGGAGUGGCAUGAUCAACAUCAAGAGCAACCCCGCUGCUGUCGAACUGGGAACCAGCUUUGGUUUGUCUGUCUCGUAUGACAACGCUGGUGCAGUCCACGUCGCCCUGCCGUCCACUUACUCUGAUGAAGUCUGUGGCUUGUGUGGAAACUUUAACCACCUCAGAGAGGAUGACUUCAGAAAGCCAGAUGGAACAAAUGCCCAAGACGCUACAGCUUUAGCUGAGAGCUGGCAGACUGGGCAAACCACCUCCUCCUGUGAGACCAUUCUGGUACCUCAUCAGUGUGACCCUCUGGAGAUGGCUGAGUAUGCCAGCGAGCUGCACUGUGGAGGCCUCCUCUCCGUCACUGGGCCCUUCGCUGGCUGCCUAGCAGUCCUGGGGGCAGAGAGCUACUUCAGGGGCUGUGUAGUCGGCAUGUGCGCCACUCAUGGCGACCCUGAGGUACUGUGUGAGACAUUACAGGUCUACACUGAUAUCUGUCAGGAGGCUGGAGUCAUCAUACCCUUAUGGAGGAACUCCACAUUCUGCCCCCUUCAGUGUCCUGAGAACAGCCACUACAACUCGUGCGCUGAUGGCUGUCCCGAGGUGUGCUCCAGUUUGGAUAUAGUUGGCUCCUGUGAAAGCUGUGAGGAAAGAUGCGAGUGUAACUCUGGCUUAAAACUCAGUGGGGGAAAGUGUGUCCCAGCAGAGGACUGUGGAUGCUGGUAUAAUGGAAAUCACUACGAGAACGGAGCGACAUUCUCGGAGGGAGAGUGCGAGCAGCAGUGUCAGUGCAUGGGUAACGAUAACGUGCAGUGCACCGCAAUGCAGUGCGUAGACAAUGAGGUUUGUAAGGUCAAGGAUGGGGUCAAAGGCUGCUUCCCUUUCAAACCCGCCACCUGCAGCGUGUACGGCGAUCCGCACUACAUCACCUUUGACGGGAUGGCGUACAACUUUCAAGGGGGCUGCAGUUACACGCUGACGACCACGUGCGGAGAGGAAAGCUCAGUCCAGUUCACUGUGAUUGGACACAACACGCAUCCUCCCGAUCAGAACUUCACCCGAUCCAAGCUGGACGCUGUGACUCUUCAGGUUGACGAUCUAUACGUCACCUUGAAUCAGAGUGGAGAGGUCUAUGUGAAUAGUAGCCGAGUCAAACUUCCCUUUUCCACCAGUGAUGCAUACGGCUCAGUGUGGGUCAACCUGAAGAAAAAUUAUAUUAUCUUGGAGACGACCUUUGGCCUCAGAAUGAUGAUAGACGCGCAGAACAGACUCUUCCUGCAGGUGGAUGAGCGCUACAAGUAUGAACUGUGUGGACUGUGUGGCACCUACUCUGAACGCCAGGACGAUGACUUUGUAACACCAGGAGGCCAAAAUUCUACCGGGCCAUUUGAGUUUGGCGACAGCUGGAAGGUGCCAGGCAAUAAUGAGUGUGUCUCCCAUCCAAAUGAUCCCAGACUCUGUGAUUAUGAUGAGGAGAACGAGGCCUACAACGAGUGUGACACCCUACUAAGAGAUGUCUUCAAGCCCUGCCAUGAACCCGUUCACCCAAGCAUCUACCUCAGUAGUUGUGUGUAUGACUACUGCGCCACGAGUGGUGACCAACACACCCAAUGUGAAUCUCUCAAGUCCUAUGCAGCAGCAUGCCAGGUUGCAGGAGUGGAGCUGCCUCACUGGCAGACGGACACAGCCUGUGCUGACCCCCCAACCACUACAACUCUUCCAACACCUCCAACUCCUGCCACUCCAACACCAGAUCAGACUCUCUGCCCCAUAAACUGUGACUUUGAAAAUAAUCUGUGUGGGUGGGAGCAGCUCGUACAGGACAGUUUUGAUUGGACAAGACAUUCAGGACCCACUCCAUCAAGCUCAACUGGCCCAAACCAAGACCACACCACUGGAGCUGGUUUCUACAUGUAUAUUGAGGGAGAUAGUGUAACCCAUGGAGAUUCGGCUCGUCUGUGGAGCUCGAUGUGCCAUUAUAAUGGUCCACUAUGCCUGCACUUCUGGUACCAUGUGUAUGGUUCUGCCACAGCCAUGGCCCUCAAUAUCUACCUGCUCAAAGACAAUAAAGUUACCAAGCUCUGGUCUAUGAUGAACAACCAGGGACCAGAAUGGCAUCCAGGAAAUGUUGACAUCAAAGUGACUGGUCCAUUCCAAAUCAUAGUGGAGGGAAUUCGAGGCUCUAAUGCUCAAUCAGAUGUGGCCAUCGAUGACAUUUCCAUCCACUUUGGCUCAUGCUCAGGUAGCUUCCCUGACCUGGCUAGUGGAACUGUGCCUCCUUCCAUAACCACGGAAGUCGUCCCCUCACACCCGGUCUGCAAAAUGGACUGUAGCUUCAACAGCAACCUUUGUAGCUGGAAUCAGAUGAUCACAGAUGCUUUUGACUGGACAUGGCAAAGUGGUUCCACCCCCACCCUGAUGACUGGGCCCUCUGCUGACCACACUGGUGAUGGUCACUAUCUUUACAUCGAGGCCAGCAGUGUGACAUAUGGAGACACAGCUCGUCUCAUCAGCUCCGAGUGUUCGGACUCUGGUCCUCAGUGUCUGCAGUUCUGGUACCAUAUGUACGGCUCAGCAGAUACAAUGGGCCUCCAUGUUUACCUGCUCCAGGAAGGGUUAGCCGAUGCCGUUUUUUGGAAGAGAAAUGACCAAGGAAAUAUGUGGCACCUGGCUCAGGUGGACAUCACAACAACUGGAGCUUUCCAGAUCAUCAUUGAGGGGCGGAGAGGCUCCAACGAAGAGUCUGAUGUGGCAAUAGAUGAUGUAAAGCUUUAUCAUGGCCAAUGCUCUGACCAAAGUGGUGUUGUGGCAACAAAUCCUCCUAAACCUGGUGGAAACACAGCUCGUCCAAGUGUCCCUGUGCCAACCGCUGUAGCGCCAGAGCCUCCUCUGGUCAAUGUUACAGCUCAGCCACCUGUACCAAAUAUCACCACACCUCCCGUAGUGGAAGCAACAACCAACUUCAUUAAUAAGGACAAUGUCACUGAAGCUCUAGAUAACAUACCACCAUCACACUCAGUUUGCCAACUCAACUGCAAUUUCGGACAAGAUCUAUGUCAGUGGAGUCAACCUCUUACGGAUGCUUUUGAUUGGACAAGGCAUAGUGGCUCCACUCCUACGAUGAUGACUGGGCCUUCUUCAGAUCACACCACGGGAGAUGGCCACUAUCUUUACAUCGAAGCCAACAGUGCGUCAUAUGGAGACACGGCUCGUCUCAUCAGCUCUGAGUGUUCUGACUCCGGUCCUCAGUGUCUGCAGUUCUGGUACCAUAUGUACGGCUCAGCGGAUACAAUGGGCCUCCAUGUUUACCUGCUCCAGGACAGAUUAGCCGAUGCCGUUUUGUGGAAGAGAAAUGACCAAGGAAAUAUGUGGCACCUGGCUCAGGUGGACUUGACAACAAGUGGAACUUUCCAGAUCAUAUUUGAGGGGCGAAGAGGUUCCAAUGAUCAGUCUGAUGUUGCCAUUGAUGAUGUAUCACUUCAUCGUGGGCACUGCACAGUUACAGAUGUAGCUGGACCAACAAUCCCAGCUCCCACAACCUUCAAUCCAGAGCUUCCUCCAGCGAACAGCUCAACUGCUACACAACCACAAACAUCAACUUCAUCAAAACCACAGCCACCAUCGACAACUCCUUCUACAACAACCAUGACCGCCACAACAGCAGCAGCAACAACUGUGACCCCAAAAACACCAAUAACAACUGGACCCCCAACCACAGCUAGACCCUACCCACCAACAACAGAGCACCCAGGAGUUGAGACUACAGAAGAAGGCCAAACAACAGCAAGACCAGAGCAACCAGCUACACCUAAUAAACCCCCAACCACAACUAGACCCCAACCCCACACAACAGAAAGUCAUGAACCUACAGCUGGAUCACAAACCACACAAACAGCUGGACCACAACCCACAACUGCAGCUGGACCACGACCCACAACGACAGCUGGACCACAACCCACAACUGUAGCUGGACCACGACCCACAACGACAGCUGGACCACAAUCCACAACUGCAGCUGGACCACGACCCACAACGACAGCUGGACCACAAUCCACAACUGCAGCUGGACCACGACCCACAACGACAGCUGGACCACAAUCCACAACUGCAGCUGGACCACGACCCACAACGACAGCUGGACCACAAUCCACAACUGCAGCUGGACCACGACCCACAACGACAGCUGGACCACGACCCACAACGACAGCUGGAUCACGACCCACAACGACAGCUGGACCACGACCCACAACGACAGCUGGAUCACAACCCACAACUGCAGCUGGACCACGACCCACAACGACAGCUGGACCACAAUCCACAACUGCAGCUGGACCACGACCCACAACGACAGCUGGACCACAACCCACAACGGCAGCUGGACCACGACCCACAACGGCAGCUGGACCACAACCCACAACGGCAGCUGGAUCACAACCCACAACUGCAGCUGGACCACGACCCACAACGACAGCUGGACCACAACCCACAACUGCAGCUGGACCACGACCCACAACGACAGCUGGACCACAAUCCACAACUGCAGCUGGACCACGACCCACAACGACAGCUGGACCACAACCCACAACUGCAGCUGGACCACGACCCACAACGGCAGCUGGACCACAACCCACAACUGCAGCUGGACCACGACCCACAACGGCAGCUGGACCACAACCCACAACUGCAGCUGGACCACGACCCACAACGACAGCUGGACCACAACCCACAACGGCAGCUGGACCACGACCCACAACGACAGCUGGACCAAAACCCACAACGACAGCUGGACCACAACCCACAACGACAGCUGGACCACAACCCACAACAACCAUCAAACCACAUUCUACAACAGGUAGACCUCAGCCUACAACAACAGCCACACCACAACCACCAACUACGCGUGUACCAACACCCUCCUGCCCAGAGAACAGUCAUUACACCACUUGUGUCCCUGCCUGCAGUCCAACUUGUUCAAACCUGAAUGGCCUACCACGCUGCGGUGACAGUGUGGGUUGCGAGGCGGGAUGUGUAUGUGAUGAAGGCUUUGUGAAGAAACGGAGGAGUUGUGUGCCUAUCCAACACUGUGGAUGUGUUGACAGGAAUGGCACCAAACAUAGUUUCAAUGAAGAGUGGUACACCGAUCACUGCAGUCAGAAAUGUGAAUGCGAGAAAGACAAUGGCGCGGGGAAGAUUGACUGUGAUGACCAAGAUGAGUGUGAUGGGAAUGCCGUCUGCCUUCAAAACCAGGAGGGCGAUUAUUACUGCCAGUCUACAGGCUUCGAUGAGUGCACGAUCAGUGAAGACCCUGAGUACAGAACCUUUGAUAAAAUGAAGCACGACUUUGAGGGGGAGCACUCGUAUGUGCUGGUUCGGACCAAUAACUUGCCAAAUAACAUUCCACCUGUCUACAUCGAGGGCAUCAAUAGCGUACAUGAUGACAGUAGCAGUGAAGAGGACCGCAGAGACAGUGAAGAAGAUGACGAUGAUGAAGAUGAUGAUAGCGAACAUGACGACGACAGUGACGAGGAUAAGAAACACUACCACUUAAAAAUGCUUAAAAUCAGAGUGUACAAUCACACUCUGCUAUUCAAGAAGAAUCAGAAGCUGCUCGUGGAUGGAAAGAAAACUGAUACUCCCGCCUCACCGACUGCUGGUCUAAAAAUCUGGGAGCAUUCCUCUCGCAUCUACCUGAAGACCGACUUUGGCCUCUCAGUGGAGUUUGAUGGACACGGCAACGCAGAGAUCAUUCUACCACGCAUAUAUAAAAGGAAGGUGGGGGGUCUGUGCGGGAACUUUGACGGUCAAAGAAAAAAUGACUGGAUGAAGCCAGAUGGUAGCAGGGCCAGGGACGUUCAAGAGUUUGGAGACAGCUGGAGAGUGUGAAUAUCAGAUGGAUGUAAGGAUGAGACAUGGCACUUAAAAAUACCCUGCAGAGCUUUUAACCACCAGUAGAAACAUCACUGUGGACUGUACAAGAAAACAGACAGAAUUAAUGCAGAUUUCAUUUUUUCCUUUAGAAAACAUCCUCUCCAAAAAGCUGCCAAACAUGACUUGGCAUAAACACAUGGGCAAUGAUGUCCAGCUUUCUUUACCACCAGCUCUUCAGGACAAUAAAUACACAACGAUGAUGACUUUUUGCUUUUAUACACAAAGUAUAUCAUAGUAAAUAAACUUCCCUGCUGCACCCACAUCAUUCUGGGAUGUUGAAUUGUUUCAAGAAUCUGAUGUCAAGCUUUAAAGUCUAUUUUUAAAAAGUCUCUAAAAUCUCUAACAUCUUCGCAUUUUCCAAGAAAUCUGUGUACUCUUGUGACAUUAUAUCAGACUUUUUGUGUCAUUGCCAAUUAUACUCAGGUGAUGUUCUUAGAGCUGUGCAUAUACUGUAGGAAAAAUAAUGAUUAUUUAUCACUAUCCGAUGAUGUUGAAAGAGAAACUCAAUGUGCAAUAAAUGAUUAUAAAAUGCACUCAGGUCAUAAUGUGCAUGUGAAUGUUAGUGGUUUUCUAUUGAAUCUUCACUGUUCUAAUAAACAUGCACUGUGGUUACA